AUGAUCUUUUAUGCAAAUAAGUUGUUCACCUUACUAAAGUUACUUACCUCUUAAACACUAAAAAUGAUGAACAUGAAAGGAUAGAAAUUAAAUAACUAAAUGCAAAAUAUCAAUAACCAGAAAGAGAAUUUUAGAAAUAAAUAAAAGAAAAAGAUAGAUAGGUAUAGGCGAGGAAGGGUGAAGCUUAAUAAUUAGAACAUCGAUUACGCUAGUCCCUUAAUUCAUAAUUAAAAGAAGCUAUAGUUAGAUAAAAAAAAUAUGCUGAGAAUUUAAAAAAAUGAGUUCCUUUAAGCUUAACAUUUGUUAAUGCUAAAAUUAUAAAUGGUUGAAGAAGAAUGUAUUUUACCAAUAUCGUAGUUACUAGGAACUAAUUAGCAUUUACGAAGCAUAACCUAGAUAACCUGUAAAUUUACAAAUGAAAUACUUGUUAUAAUCAUAACUCAAAUUGAGAGAUGA